AUGUCCGACUUUGUGCUGGACCGCGUUUUGUAUGAAGAUCCACGGGCUAAAACCGCGAAUUUACUGGGCACAUGUACCACGAAUGAUGUUCUAGAAAGGGCACUCUUGCUACUAGAAAAGACUCACUACACGCCCACUUUUUUAUCAUCGCUUCGACUUUCCACCACAUUUCCGCGAAGAGAGACGAUCGGACGCAAUGAUAUCUACACGUGGAUGUUUGGAUGGGAUCGUGACGGACACGAUGCACCGACCAAAAUGACACUCAUUUGUCCUGCGACGGAUGACUUGAUUGCCAAAUACUCUGCCCCUCAUCGGCGCAUGAUGAUCGAGACGCCUCAUAUGUAUCAGGCAGUGACACGGCCUUGGAUCGAAUCGCUUCCCGCCUCGAAAACAACAUGGGUGCAGAACAUUCUUCAAGGAAUCUCGGAGACGGAGUCAGUGCUGUACUCAGACCCCGACCCCAAGACUGGCUUCGUUAUUCUGCCCGACAUGAAAUGGGAUCGACGCACCCUGUCAUCUUUGUAUCUUAUGGCGAUUGUCCGCGAUGGUUCCUUGGUCACGCUGCGUGAUCUUACGAAGCAGCACGUUCCUCUGUUGCGCAAAAUUCAGCAGGCUGGUCAAAAGGUGGCACAUGAAGUAUAUGGCCUUUCCGAAUCGACCGACUCAACUUCGCCUCUCCGGUGCUUUGUACACUAUAUGCCCACGUAUUUCCACCUGCACGUCCACAUGCUCUCUGCCAAUUUUGUUUCGCAUCCAGGCUCCUUGGUAGGCCAGGCGCAUCUUUUGGACGAUGUGAUUGAUCUGCUCGAACUAGGUGUCGAUUUCCGGCAGCGCACGUUGAGCUACGCAUUGGCUGAGGGCCAUGCCUUACUGCGACGCUGGCAAGAGGAGGGAUAUGCUCAGUUUGAUGCGAUUAUGUAG